GGACGAGGGUCGCAGACAUGACUGUGGUGACUGAAGUGAUGGUGCUGGCGGCGCUGGCCGGCGUCGCCGUGCUGCUGGUUCGAUUCCUCAGCAGCUACCAACACUUCAGGAAGCUGGAGCUGGCUAUCCCUGGGCGGCCGACGCUGCCGCUCCUGGGAAACGCUCUGGACUUCGCCACCGCCACCCCGGACACGGUGCUGCAGACCGUGCUGUGGGCAGUGGACGGCCGCAGGCAAUUGACCCGGGCCUCCAUCUUCAACAACCUGCUUGUGGCGAUCCAAGACCCCGUGGAAAUCGAGGAGGUGGUGCGACGCAAAGAGUUCAACGACAAGUCCUAUUUCAUUUACAACCACAUUCGCUCCAUUAUCGGCGAGAGGGGCCUCAUCCAGCUCGGCGGCCCCGAGUGGAAGGCGCACCGUAGGUGGCUUCAGCCCGGCUUCAACCAGAACGUUCUGGACCGCUUCGUGAGCGUCUUCAGCGAAGAGGCCAGGGGCUUUGUGGACCGCGUCGAGGACACUGAGAAGGCGGUGUGCGUGCAGGAGAACCUCAGGAGGACGGUUAUGAGAGACUUCAUCCGUACGUCCAUGACCGCGGAGGGCUCGCAGUUCGACGACGAACUCAUGGACGUGGUGGAGUUUGUGGAGGCGGCCGUGCGCACCAUCAACAGCCGAUCCUUCAACCCCAUCCUGUGGUCGGACCGCGUCUUCGCGCUCACGCCACUGGGCAGGAAGUUGGCGAGCUUAAAGGGCAGUCUGGACUCGUUGAGCAAGAGGAUGAUCACGGCAAAGCGGGAACAACUGGCCGACAACAAGGAAUUCGAGUACGAGCGGGCGCGCAAGACUCUCAUGGACAUCAUGUUGGGGACCGAGGAUGGCGACAAGCGCCACCACGUGGAGGAAGCCGCCGUCAUUGAAGAGUUCAAGACCUUCUUGGGCGCGAACGUGGAGACGACGGUGUCCGGGCUCAGCUGGAUGCUCAAGGUGCUGUCGAUGCAGCCCGAAGUGCAGGACCGACUGCACGCCGAACUCGUUUCCGUGUUCGGGGACAGCGACCGGGACGUCACCCCGGAGGACCUUCUCGAGCUCAAGUACCUCGACCGCGUGAUCAAGGAGGUGAUGCGCAUGUUCCCGCCCAUCCCCAUCACCGCGCGCCAGUGCUACGAGGAGACCAAGCUGUGCGGCCACACCAUCCCCGCCGGCACCACCAUCGCGCUCAACAUCUUCAGCGCGCACCGCGACCCGAUGCACUGGGACAAGCCCGAGGUGUUCGACCCGGACCGCUUCCUGCCCGAGCGCAGCAAGGGCCGCCACCCCUGCGCCUACAUCCCCUUCAGCACGGGCGCGAGGAACUGCAUCGGCGGCAAGUACGCCCUGAUGAACAUGGCGUCCUUCCUCGCCACCACGCUGAGGGCCUUCAGGCUGCUGCCCGUCGACGACCACAAGGACCUGGAGAGCCUCGCCAAGAACAUGACGUUCGACCUCUCGUCGCACCUGGUGGGCGGGACGCGGGUCAGGUUCCAGCGCAGGGGAGCUUUGGGUGCUUGAACACGACGUUCGAUCUCUCGCAACACCUGGAGGGCGGGACGCCGGUCAGGCUCCAGUGCCUUGGGUGCUUGAACAUUUUGCGCAGAACCAAAGUUUAGAAGCGAGCAUGUUGCGUUCAAACGUAGAAAAAGGUGUGGGGACUUUUUUUUUGUCCACUCCUUUUUAGCCAGAUAUUACUCCCGUUUUGGAAGUGAAUGAAGGAUUGUUAAGUUAUGUGAUAGUAGUAUUUAUAUAAAUUAUUGGAAGUUAUGUGGUAUAAGUCAGUCUGAGUCUGGGUGACACAGCCACCCUGAGGGCUUCCAGAGAGGUUUGGAGAAGUACAUAUGUGGCCGCAAACUUGUCAAAUAUUUCAGCGCUGGUGUCGGCCAUAUUAAUAUGUGUGCUGUAUUUGUACAUUUUCUACGGUUUAGUGAGAACUCUGAUGCAAUCUCCUUUCCGUAGAUUGAGAAAAUUGACUUAGUUGUGAGAUAAUUCAACGGAUAAUAACUUUCCGUAGCAGGGUUAGCUCCCAAAUUUUGUCGUUCUCCUUAUUUGUGAAGCACAUUUGUACUUUAAACUAGUCCUCUAAGACCUCAAAUCAAAGAAGCCUGUAUGUAUUAUACUAAUUAUAAUUAAAAAAUCGUUAACUAUAA